AUGCCAGCUUUCAAACUCUUGUUUCUCCAUGGCAAAUGUCCAUCCCCGUAUUCCAUUGUAUCUCUACCACGGCGGUCUACUUCAUCUUUCAUCCUAAACCAGCAAUCUUCUUCACCUCGUCACCCUGUUACCUUUUAUGUGGAUGUUCACUCUGGGGUUAAUUCCUUGGAGCAUCUGUUAGUUUAUACUCCAUCAGGCUAUGUGAUUAAACUUGAGCUUCUGCCAUCAAUUGAGGCAGAGCUAAAUGAGAGUGAUCUAGCAACUCGGUCUGGCUCAUAUAGAGAGAGGAAGGAAUGUUUUUCAGAGACUACUUUUGAUGCUCAAUUGGCUGGAGAGAACAAAGUUUCUGGAGAUAAAUCUGAUUCAGUAAAGCUCCCUGAGAGAUCCCACCUGUAUCUGUCAAAUGCUAAGGUGCAAAUAAUGCAAAUAAAUUCUGGAUGGUUACCAAUAUGGCCAAAAUCCAAGAUUCAUUUUGGUAGAAUUAUCCCUCCAAGAGUGGAUAGAUACAAUGGUGGAGAAUUUGAAAUCUACAAGGUUCUGAUAGCAAGCAAGACGGGCGACACAUGCCUUUGGUGCAGAAAGAAAGAAAGAGGUAUACCAUAUGCACUAGUGUUUGUUGAGCAAAUAGAAUUGUCUAAGAAGUGUCUGAUGAGACAGAGGACUAUCGUUGAUUUGAUGUUGCAGUGCAUUCAUCAAUUUUCUACAGCCUGUUGCUGUGACCUUGCCUUGGUUCUCAGGUUCCAGUGGGCUGUGUUAAUGGCGAGAUGUCAUUGGAUAGUAACUCUGGGUCUUGAAACGCAAAUGCUGUCGAUUCCUGCAAAGUGUCAGGGUAAUGAAGGAUUAAGAAGGUCACAUCCUAGACGGUUCUAUGGAGUUUCAAUAGGGGCCCUCAGGUUCCAGUCGGCAGUGUUAAUGGUCAGAUGUAGUCAUCGGAUUGUAGCUCUGGGUCUUGAAAUGCAA